AUGCAGUACAAGACUCUGGCUACCCUUCUUUUCGCUACCGCGGCUAUUGCUGCCCCUGCGUCGGAGGACCCUACCGCUUCUGAUGAUAUUUAUGAGAUCCCCUCCUCCAUCGAAUCAGUCCUCGUGACUGGUAUCCCUACAACCUGGAUCAACGACUUCUAUAGCAAUUCUGAUUUCCAAAUGUCCGAAAUCAGCGCGAUGGAGAAAGGCGACUAUCCUGCUUGGGUUACCAGUCUCCCCUCUGCUGCUGAGGCAUACUUCACUUCUGAGAUCCAGGCAGAGAUCUCCGAGUACAACAGCCAGAUGUCCGCCAUGUCCGCCAUAUCCACCGGCGAUGUCCUCACGGUCUCCGGCAGCUCUUCCGGGUCCUCCACCCCCCUCGCGACGACCACUAGCGGCGCUGAAACUACAAACGGUGCUAGCUCCACAGGAUCUUCCUCGGAUACUAACUCCACUGGCUCCUCUUCCUCGGGUGCGUCUUCCUCGGGCUCCGCGACUAGUACCUCUAGCGGUGGUGCUGCCGCUGCUACUGGUGGUCUCGCCAUGAGCCUUGCCGGCGCUGCGGGCAUUCUGGGUGUUGCCCUUGCUCUGUGA